AUGCUAAAGGCAAUCUGUCACAAGGAUAACAAUUCAGUGUUAUCAUUGGUUAACAGUAGACGUUAUUUAUUUAGCGGAAGUCAGAGCUCAAAGAUCCAUGUUUGGUGUCUUCAAACAUUCAGACUAGUGACGAUCCUGAGAGGACAUACAGGAAGUGUAUUAGGAUUGACAUUAUCUGCAGACGAGCAGUACUUGUUCAGUUGCUCAGGGGAUGGUACAGUUCGAGUUUGGAAUACGGAAACGUUGACAUGCGCCUAUCUUAUUCAAUCCUGCCAUGACGUUGGAGAUAUCUUUUCUGUAGUUUAUUCCGAUAAAAACAACAUGUUAUUCUUUGGUAGUCAGAAUACAAGUAUCCAGGCAAGUUUUUUUAAUUGGUACGACUUUGCUGAUCCUCAGACGCAUGGUCAUACAAUUGAUAUACCCAGUGUGCCUCCUUCUCCCAGAAGACGAAAAGGAAAGCCAAUUAACUUCUUUGAACUGGGUGGUCAUUUAGAUGAAGAGGAAGAAAGGCUUCAGGAACUACUUGAUAAAAAUGUCAUCAAGUGUGUCAUCAGAGAGAAGAAUGUGUUUAGUAAUGCUCACGACGGAUAUGUUUAUUGUCUGUUGCAUGCAAAAGAUGUUCCCAACAUGGAAGGUGAAGUCUUGAUCAGUGGGUCAGGUGAUGGGAAUGUGAAGAUAUGGUCCAUCAGUCAGGGUGUCAUUCAGCAUAUGCGUACAUUAAAAGGCAAUUCGGACAAGGGCAUAUUGUCUCUUGCUCUUUCCGAAGAUGGUUACUUAUUUUGUGGUGUACAAGGUGGUGACAUUCAGAUAUGGGAUUUGGAAACAUAUCAAAUGAUCAGAUCAGUCAUUGCACAUACUGAUGAUGUAUUGGCCAUUGCAGUGAGAAGAGGUGGAUUCAUCAGUGCAUCAGCGGACGGUUCAAUUCGAUUGUGGGACGAGGUAUUUCAACUAAAAGAGGUUUUGACAGAACACCAUGGCAUUGUCUUAUCCUUAACCGAGCGUGAAGAUUGCCUGAUCUCAGGAAGCAGUGACCAGUCUAUCAAAUUUUGGGAUAUUUCCUCGAAUGUCCAUGCACCUGCUGACAUGAUGCGGAGGUACAGCAGCGGCACCCUACAAGGUACACCUUCGACUGAUAUGAUGCUCUACGUUCUAGAAAAGUGGGUUGCCAUCCGAACGGUAAGCGGCAUGCCAAGGUACAUGGAAGAGUGUAGACGAGGAGCUCGCUUCUUAAAGAAUGUUCUUCAACAACUUGGUGCUGUCAGUCGAAUGAUACCUGGAGCUUCAGGACGUAACCCACUCGUGUAUGGCAGAUUUAGCGGCAAAGGCAAUGACCAAAAACGUGUGCCUACCGUGCUGAUCUAUGGACACUAUGAUGUGAUCGCGGUUGAACAUGAGAAAAACAUGUGGGGUAGUGAUCCUUUUGAGUUAACAGGCAAGAAUGGCUAUCUCUAUGGAAGAGGCACAAGUGACAAUAAAGGUCCUAUGCUUGCUUGUAUAUUUGCCGUAAAUGAAUUACUAAAAGAAGGGCAAUUGGAUGUGAAUGUAGUAUUCUUGAUUGAAGGUGAAGAAGAAAGUGGAAGUAUAGGCCUGUAUGAAGCGGUGGAACAGAAUAAGGAUUUAUUUAAAGAUGUCGAUAUGAUUUUAUUAAGUAAUUCAUACUGGCUAGGAGAGGAUGUGCCUUGUAUAACAUACGGAUUAAGAGGUGUUGUACAUGCUACAGUAUCCAUUUGCAACCAACGUGCAGAUUUACACUCAGGUGUUGAAGGUGGAGCUGUCUCUGAACCAUUAGUUGACUUAAUACAUGUGCUUGGAAAGUUGGUUGACACUGAUAAGAAAGUACUUGUGCCAGACUUUUAUAAAGAUGUUAGACCAGUAACUGAAACAGAAGAAAGACUAUAUGGUCCAAUCGUAGAAUGGAUGAAAACUUCUAAAACAGCUCAAUCGAGUACUCGAACCCAUCACUCAACUAUAGCCUCACCCAGUCCAGUGAAAGAGUCUGAAGCGGAUAAAGAAACACAAUGUAAAAUGAAAAUUGUUGAUGAGGAACUGGACGCAGAAACACAAAAAAAGCAAUUGAUGGCUCGUUGGAGAUAUCCUACAUUAACUGUUCAUAAAAUAGACGUAUCGAUCAAUAACCCUACUAUUAUUCCUCGUACUGCAAAGGCAUCUGUAAGCAUGCGUGUAGUGCCGGAUCAAUCGAUAUCCGAAAUAUGCUCUCAAUUUACGGAAUAUGUUCACCAAGUAUUUGCCAGCUGUAAAUCAGAUAACAAGAUAUCCGUCAAUAUUGAAAGUGUAGCAGAGUACUGGCUUGGUGACUUGAACAAUAAAUAUUUCAGAGCAGUAGAGAUGGCAGUUGAGAAAGAAUGGAAAGUGAAGCCUCUUUAUAUUCGAGAAGGUGGAUCAAUUCCAGCCGUACGAUGGUUAGAAAAGUUCUGCAAUGCUCCAGCAGUUCAUAUCCCUUUUGGACAGUCCUCUGAUCAAGCUCACUUGCAUAAUGAGCGUAUUCGUUUACUAAAUCUUAUUGCUGGUAAGCGCAUUAUCAAAAGUCUAUUGACCGCUUUACCGGAAUUGUAA